AACAACACAACAUUGCAGUCCAGACCAUUGCAUGAGCCAUCGCACAUGGUACAUGGUACAUGGUAAUGGACGCCACGUCUAAAGCCGACCUUCCAGACUACGCGGCUGACAACCGCCUGCCGCCGUGGCUGCUCCCCGACCAGGAGGGCAAAGCAGCAGCAGGGCGCCACCUACUACACCUACAGUACCGCCCCGACAUCCGACCGAUCCCCUCCAUCUCCCUUGCCACAGCCCUGGACCCAGACUUCCUUGUGAUUUCCAGCAAACACGACACCAUCAACAUCAUGGAGCCAGCAGCAGGCUACACCGCCGGCACAAACCACUCCGAAAAGCAGCAGCAGCAGCAGCAGCAGCAGCAGCAGCAGCAGCAGCAGCAGCAGCAGCAGCAGCAGCAGCAGCAGCAGCAGCAGCAGCAGCAGCAGCAACUGUAAGUGAACUUGGCUUUUGCCAAUAAACUCGCAAUUGCAUGCAGCGCUGCAGCCAAGCGGGUCCCACUCGCGCACGGCCCUACGGGCCGGUCGUGUCCCCAGCCCAAUACCUUUCCUAUAGCAUCUUAUACCACACAUAAGGUCAUUAGAGUAACCCGGGGGCAUUGAAUCGAGCCGGGGCCGACCUCGAACAUCUAAAUGUCGCGUUCGCCAGGACACGCCAUAUCAGGCCAGACAGUAGCCUAACUACACCUACGCAUAUAUCUGUGUUGACGGCAAUCAAUAAAGCCCAAAAACAACGCCUAUGUAGGAUGUUGGCUUCGGUCAAUUUCGCGACUUGAGCCUCGACGAGCACGUUUUAGCCUGCUGUCAAGCGCUAUUGCUCCAACAGAUUGCAUGUAACAUAUAUAUUAAGUGGCGGAGUCUGUAUCCCGCUCUGCAUUUUUCUCGGGGCGACGUCUCCUGGCCUCCUCGGCGUGCGGGUUUGGCUGGGGAAACGCACCCCCCGGACGGCACGCGGUGAAAACCCCCUGAUAGAUUCUCCUUCAAGCAUCAGUAAGCCAUAGGCGCCGAGAGACGUAGCCGUAGACGUGGCGGCAUCCUUGAAGGACAAUCUAUCAGGGGUUUUUGGUGCCGUCGCGUGGGCGCCUCCCUGGGGACACACUUUUUCCUGGAGUGGGACCCGCUUGGCUGCAGCUCCGUACUUCUGGAUUUUCGCGCCCAUGCUUGUGCCCACACUUAUGGCUGACAACUAAGCCGCAUCAUACAAUUGAACAAGCUGUCUGGGAUGUAGUCUGCAUGGCAGCAACCUCGGCGAUGGAUUAUGGUAGGAGAUUGCUAUAUGCAGCCAGGAACGAGCAAGGAGUGAUCGAUGGGAACGCAGUAAUGGCGCGCAUCAAAUCGCAAGUUAUAGCAGACUUCUGGUCUAGGUUACAAUCGUAUGUGUGUCUUGGUGCCAAACCGAGGGGGUGGGACCGAGUCUCGCCAGGCCACCCUUGGAUUGAGCGCAGAGCAGAUGGAAGUAUGAAGCUGAACAGACCACGAAGUGUCAUAAUGGAAGAGGAGGUGGAGUGAUGGCACCUAGUAACAUGUUCGGUAUGGCGGGAGGAGCGUCCUAUGGGAGCAAGCCUACUAGAGCUAGAGUAGGCCGACGGCGCUGCAGGCGGCACGCCCCUGGGGUCCAGAGCAGGGUGUUCGUUCUCCACGUCACUGGCUCGUGAACUGCGUCAGCAGGUCCCUCUUGUAACCAAUGCAAUCU